GUAAACAGAUAUCCAGAGCUUCGCUUUCUUGAACGAGCUAAUUGGGAUGCAUUUGAUCCAGUUCUUAUCUCUGAGUGUCUCUUCUCUACGGCCAAUAUCUUCUCCACCCUCCGACUAGUACAGAUAUUCACGGUAAAUCCGCACCUGGGUCCCCUACAAAUCUCGCUUGGACGCAUGCUGAACGACAUUCUGAAGUUUUUCUGCGUCUACUUGCUUGUUUUGAUUGCAUUCGCCUGCGGUAUGAACCAGUUGUUCUGGUUUUUUGCUCAAGAGCGCGGAAAAAAUUGUGCUCAUACCGGACUCCGACAUUGGCAUCCCAAAGUUAAUGACACAGACAACAAAGAUAUUUACGAAUACUGUGUUACAAGAGGAAAAUAUUUCACUAAGUAA